UGUCGUGGUGUCGCGUCGGUGUCGUCGUCAUCCUUUCUAGUAUUUUGUGCUUAAGGGUGUAGGCGCACAUCGCCUUGCUUAUUCACAGUUAAAUCGUGACAUUUGCCUUCUGAUCGUUGCCGUCGGUCGGUGGCUCCUCCAGGGUGAGAACAAAAAAAAAAAAAAAAGAAAUACUUCAACGGAAAUCCUUUAUCCCAGUGGAAUAUUGUCCUUUAAAUUGUCCUGACGGAAUAUAUACGAUUUUGGGUGUAAAAUUAAAGAAAGCUUAUUUAAAGUGUGUCAAACGUCAUCGAACCGAAUAUAAUUUUCUUAUUGACCAAUGAAUAUUCGAUUUAUUUUAUGCUAUAUGGUGAAUCCUUUAUAACGGUAGUAUAGUAAUAUAUGUAUGAAAAUUUGUAAUGAAAGUGGUGCGCGGAAGUGGAACUGGAAGUGGCUGCCAAGGUUUCCAUUUGUUAUGGUCAAGUGGAAUGCAAAUUUUCCGUUAUAAUUCUGAAACUCUCUCGAAAAGUUCUUGAACUCUUGUUGAGUUGAUCAAUACGUGUAUUUUUCUAAACUUUCACAUUGUGCCACACAAAAAAAAAAUAUUAAAUUUAAAAAAUUAAAUUUAAAAAACUAAUGUUAAAUCAAAUCAAAAGUCAUCGACAUUCAUUUAAACACGGAUGAUGUUGGGAUUCAUCUAUUUGAUGUUAAUUCUCGGCUGGAUUCUGAUUGUGUUAUUUUUGCGAUGUAAAAAGUCGAUAGCACCUCAUUUUGCAUUCACCGAUAAUUACACAGAAAAUAAUGUUGAACGUCGACCAUCGAUUCAUGUUAUCGAAUUGCCAUCGGAUGACUUCAGAGAUGACAUGGAUUCAUAUUCGCAGGUCAGUCGUUCAAGGCUCGAUUCGUAUCGGUCAAGGUCUGUCAUUGAUGAAAGGACCAUCGAAACGUAUCCCACAGAUGCCGUCAUAAAUCCUGCCUAUACCAAUGACGAGGAAUACAUUUUAAACGCUCCACCGCCAACUUAUGAUGAAGUAAUGAGACAACCUGAGAUUUAUCCCAGAGUCAGUGAAGUCAACAAAUCACGAUCGAAUAUUUAAAA